AGGAUUUCAAAGUUAUCGCUACGUGUCAACGGCGACGGUUCGUUGCGUCGCUCGAUUCUUAGUGAAGUGAAUACAACACGUUUUACAGUUUUCUCGAGUGAAAAGCGAAAAAUUUUUUAUCUUCCACUCGAGAAACACUUGAUCGAUUUAGGAUGGACAUCUGGAAGAAGUGACGCUCGUAAAGUUUUCGGUGGCGCGUUUUUCCACGCGUGGUACUCCGAUUUUCCCCGCGAGCCGCGGGCGAAUCUGAAGAGAACCGAAGUGCGUAGAAGUGGAGGCGCUCGCGGGAGAUCGGGCACGAUGCGCUGAAGGAGCUUCGAUCAUUGUGGGUCAAAAGCGGGGCGGCCUACAGGCGCGCUGGACAUUAAGUUAAAUCACUUCGGCAUCGAGAACGGGACGGGCAAAUAGUGUAAUAGUGAUAAGGCGAGUGAGGGAGAGAGAGAGAGAGAGAGAGAGAGAGAGAGAGAGAAAGAGAGCUGAAGUUAGAACAGAGUCGCGUGACCUGAUCAACUUGGUUCACGACGUCGCUAUACUGUCGCGAAGAAGCGUUUUGCUGUUUCAAUAAAAAGAAACUUAAAUACAACGUGAGAGGAAAAAGAGAAUAUUUGGAAUCUUUUUGAGAUAUCACCCAAGGCGGCGAUGGUGAAAGACGCAAAAGCGAAGAGCAGAAAUCUCCUUUAAAGUACAUUACAUUGAUAACGACGGAUAGAACAGAUGUAAUUGAGCAUUCACGUGGAAGGGCACGGUACAUACGCGCGCGUAAGUAAAGACGUACGAGAUCAGUACAAAAGAUUGGGAGAUCUGACGAGCGCGAGUGGUUGUAUUAAUUGCCCUGUCGUAACUGGGUUUUGUAAGGUUCGCGUUUAAUUAGUUCGGGGUCUAACGAUGAAGUGGUGCGUGUUGGUGUUGGUAUUCGCCGGUUUGACUAGGGGCGAUAAUGCCAUCGAUACGAACAACAUCUUCAAUUGUCCGGAUCUCAAUGCUCAAGAUGAGAUAGACAUCGACAAGAUAAUGGGCAAAUGGUACGUCGUAGAAGUACUGCAACACAACCUCGACCCCACAAAGCCAGUGAAGACCAAUGUCAUUGUCAGCAAUGAUCUUUGUCCGAUUGUGAAGUUGAGACCGUUUGAAUAUUCUGCAUUAAAACUGUGGUGGAGUGAAGAAUCUGGAGACCUGGAAUUUACCUUCCGGAUACCAAAUAUUAACACGAAAAAAGGCUUUUGGCGAAAUAUGUACCCGCAGAACGGUACCUUGGCGGACAGGCCAGACUACAAGCAGUUCGCCGGCACUGUGCACGUAAUGAAGGCCGUUGCCUCGGACAUGGUGUUGACUUUCUGUUCCCGGACUCCCGACCAUCAGCUCUAUUCCCUCCUAUUGUCACGUGAGCACACUUUGCAGAAGAGCGACAAACGAGGCGUUCAUAAUCUCCUGGGACGCCGCGGUCUGAAGAUCAACGGCAUCCGUGAGACUUGCGUGAACGGCGGCGCCAGAUCAAGACGAAGCGCGUUCGAUCUCGUCGUCUGGAUGACCCUCGUCGGCCUGUUCUCGUCGAGCGUCCUCUUCAGAUCCUGGCAGUAGUGAAAUCAGACGGACGAUCGAUCGAUCUCGAGACGCUCAAAUCGCGCCCGACUGUGUCUCGGACUAAUUAACGCGAUUAUACUAACACUUUGGAUGCUGCCGCGCGAGUAAUCUCAGAACAUUACGCCGAGUUACGGAAAUCCGUUGACUGCACUCGUACACGUGUUAUGUUAGUUACGUAUCUAAGAUGCCCUCGCGCCGAAUUAAAUAAUA